AUGACCGGGAAUGCAAGGUUGUCGGAAUUCAAAAGUCGGAAGUUAGGAGUCAGAAUUCCGGAUAAUUCUGAAGGUAGAAGAGACUCGUACUUCAAAAAUGAAGCCAGAAAAUCACAAGUUUCCAGAAAAGAAGAACCGGAGAAAGAGGAAGAAAGAGGAAGGAAGAGGAAGGAAGAAAGAGGAAGCAAGAAUCAACGUUUGCUAGCCGAAAACCUUAACCGUCUUCUCCACCCCCACUUGGACCAUCAUCGAAAAAGGCAAAAACUGACAGAAGGAGAAGCUUCGACGCCGUUCCAGCCAGCAAAACUACAUCGAAAGUUAAACAUAUAA